CUUACAAAGCCUCACAUUAUCAGGAGGUAAAACCAUGAGCUAGUGUUGUCUGGUUUUAUCGCUGCCGUCAACUCCACUUCACAUCCAGUAGUCUUGAACUAUUCUCACUUUUUUCCCUGAUUAAUUUGGCACUUGGAAAUAAAAUUGGACGCUUAAAGGGAAAAACAACUGACGGUGACAUUUCCUUGGAUCGAUUGGCUUCUCUCGUCCUGAGGAGAGCGAAAUAUGUCUAUAGCGUCGGAAAAGCCGCGCCUUAUCUUGCCAAGUUGCGAAGCCAUACGCGCUGUAUACGAUAUUGCGCCAAGUGCUGAGUUUCAAAGCUAGGUUGCCUAUUGCGCUGCCAUAGCACGUCGUUUUUGGUAACUUCGUCAUCAAAGGCUCACAAUGGAUGGAUGCAUCCACCGCCAGUUUCUCGCCGUGUUUCUCUUCUUCGCACUGAUUGCUGCAACUCAAGCGGUGCCAUGUAACUCCACCGAGUCCUUCGCCGAUGUGAGUUGCAGCACGACCCAGACCAACGGCUUGGAGUACGUGGUCUGUGAGUGCUUGCCGGGCUACGAGCUUCAGGGACCCGCGUCAGUAGCUGUCUGCGUGGAAACGGGCCAGGGCUGGGGCGAGACAACUCCAAACUGCACAGCAAUCCAGUGUUCAUCGCCCGAGGCGCCCUCUGGCGGCUUCAUUAGCCCCGUUCAGAAUAGCUACGUCAUGGGGGAGACCGUCACGUACUCGUGCCGGGAAGGAUUUGAAGAAAAGGGCGAUUAUUCGCGGGAAUGCCAAGCUGGUGGGACAUGGUCGGGAACAGGCUUCAGCUGCCUUCCCUGCCCGUCCGGUGGUCAUCGUUAUAACACGGAUAGUUGCUUCAUCCCAGUGAACAAUGGUAUUAAAUGGAGUCAAGCUAAAUUGGGUUGUGAAGCGAAUGGCUGGUCGCUGGCCAAGGUCGACAACAUCGAAGAGCAGACGUUCCUAGUCGACACUGUGAAAGAACGCAGGGAACACUGGAUUGGCGGCAAAGAGGACAGGAAUUGGGUUUGGCAGGAAAGUCAGACACCGAUUGAGUACUUACCCUGGGCUGAGGGAGAACCGAACGACCUCGACUCGGAGGACUGUAUUCAUCUAAGCGCCUUGCCUGGACACAAAGAUUACAGGUGGAAUGACAACGGGUGUGAUAAUCAAGAGGACGGUGACAUACCAUUCUACGCAAUAUGUCAGUAUGAGUUACACUGUCCCAACAACACGCUUCCAGACGACUAUAAGAUUUAUAAAGGGCAGUGCUUGCAGUUCAAUCAAACUCAGCAAAACUGGAAUACUGCCAAAGACACUUGCGCGUACACAGGUGGUUGGCUGGUGGAGAUACUGGACCAGGAGAUGCAGGAGUUUCUCAAUGAAACCAUAACCACCGAAUUCAGCACCACACUUGCGCACUGGUGGAUAGGCGGGAAGGCCAAUGGAUCUCGAGUGUGGAGGUGGACGGACGGUGAAUUGGUAACUGACACGUUUUGGGCUACUGACCAGUCUAAUAACUGGGAUCCUGACAAGGAAAAGUGUAUUCAGAUCAAUCUGAAUAAUCCUCGAGAAUUGAGCAGCUGGCAACGCGUACCUUGCGAUGAACAGAGACAUUACAUCUGUCGUACGGAUGCACUAAAUAUAACAACUUGUGGAGACCCAGGCGUGCCACUGCACGGCGUGCGUUCUGGGAUCGAUGUAGGUGGCAGUUUCAACACCAGUGACGUGGUUCAAUUUACGUGCGAUGAGGGAUAUGAGCUCCUAGGCUCCGUGUCCAGGGAAUGUCUGUCGAAUGGGUCCUGGAGUGGCCAGGAAACGACGUGCAACAUCAUCUCGUGCGGCGAACCAACGGCGUUAGCGAACGGUAACGUCACCGUGCUCUCGCACGAGUACCGAGGCGUCGCCGUCUUGUCCUGCGCGGAAGGAUAUCAGAUGGAGGGUGAGCCGGUCAUUGUGUGCUCAAGCAACGGAACUUGGACUUCUCUUAACUUCACGUGCAUCGAAAUGGUAGAAAUUACCUCUGAAUAUCUAACGACUCCAAGUGACGUCACCACCGACAUUGCUUCUACAUCCACUCAGCCUGUUACCACUCAGACGACGACAUCGGCAGGGUUUACUACUCCUCAGCUAACAACAAAAGUAGACGAUUCAGACACUGCUACAACACCAGAGAGUGCUGGCGCAACAACUCUAGGGGCAUCGACUUUGUCAACAACUAAACUGUCUCAAAAUCCAACAACCCAAAAUAUUGCCACGACAAUUCUUACAACGUUUACAAACCCUGUAUCCACACAAUCCACUACAAUUCCACAAGCUCGAUCAACAUCUGCAGAGUCGACUACAAUGAGUCCACCACAAGCUACGUCACUGCCCUCGUCCACAGACCUCGCUGGUUUCACCACACUUAGUGGAUCAUCAACACCUGAACUACUACAGACAACACCACCCGUAAAGUCCACGUUCUCCACAACUCUACAACAAGCUACUUCUCUGCCUUCAUCAACAGAACGCAUUGCUGAUUCCACCACACGUAGGGGAUCAACAGCACGUGAACAAGAGACAGCAGCACCUGUGGAGUCCACAACUCCACUUUCCACAACUCUUCCACAAGCUACGUCUCUGCCCUCAUCAACAGAACAAAUCGCCGAUCCCACCACACCUAGUGGAUCAGUGGCGACCGGGAAAAUAUCAACCACGUCUGUGCCCACUUCUCGGACAACGAAUGGAAUCAGUUCGACAUCAGUGGAUGCUACGACGGUGGUUUCUACAGAUGCUGGUGAGGGAAAUAGUGGAAGUGUCAUGGGGUCCUCCGAAUUGCUAAUAAUCAUUAUCGUUAGCUGCGUGUUGGGUCUUAUUCUGUUGAUUGUGCUCCUGAUAUCAAUCUGCUGGUGUUACUCGUGCAGAAAGGAUCAAAGACACUUGGAACGUUACAAGGCGUCUUUAGCCCUCGCCAACACACCAGCGGUUCUUGAGGAUGAAGACUUCCCUCCAGGCGUCGUCGACGACUCGAUGUUUUCACCCUUGCCGCGGAGCAGCUUCCUGGACGUGCGUAACGAGUCAACAGCCGUCGACAACCACUACAGCGGCUUGGGUGGAGACCACGCCAACCACUACUACAGCACCGUCAUCCCUCGAGAGGCUGGCCGGCCUGGGCCGCCUGAGGGCCUCUACCAGACCUUAUUCCGGCCCGGGAUGUCACGUGGUCGGUCGCAACAGCGCCCUCUCAUGGAAGAGAUCGAACUGGAGCAAAAUUUCUACGGGGCUGGCUCAGGAGCUACCAAUGGGUCCGGGGUGGACGAGGGGUACGAGGAGGCCCAUUCUUUCGGUCAGGGGCAUCUGUUUGUGGUCCCCAGCGAAGCAGAGAGGGAGUACACCAGUUACGCUAAGGUGGAGCUGAACCGGGGUGCGAGCCAUCUCAGCAAACUAUCCUACUACGCAUAGUUGGUAUUUUUAGAGGGAAUGAUCCCAUACAUGGUUGGAAAAUCAGCAGUGUGUACGUGGUCUUAAUUGGCAUUGCCCUUAUCACGAACUUUGUGUUUUGUCACAAAUUGUCAGUGUCGUCGUUUGUCGUGGAUCAUCAAAUUCAUCUCAAUCACCGUGUCACCACCAUCAUCAUCACCGCAACUAUCGCCACGGCAAGCCCUGUCACCACCAAUCACCACUGCGACCUUCACCACGACCACGACUCUCGCCAUCAUUUCUAUACAAUCACUGUUGUGUUUGCUAAGUUUCCAACGACUGGAACUUGUCAACAGUGCAUUAAAACAAGUUUAAGAAUCCUUUCAUUACCUUCAAGCUUUUAACUACCAUUUCUAGUUUUGCUUUCAAUUCGAUGAUGUUGAUUUUUUUUGGCAGAACGUUGACUUCUAUGAAUCACCCUUUUUCGGUACCGUACUUUUUUGUCAAUGAUCGUCCUUUGUUGCAACUAUUUUUGACCCGUGUAACAAUUCAGGGAAGCCAUGUUUUCGGCGUUGGACGAUUCUAAUAAACUAUUGUCCCUCCUCAAAUGAAGGGGUUUUUUUUGAAAAAGUACAGCACAACCCAUGGAAAAGAAUCCUUAUCUUCAUCGUCAUCGUCAUCGUCAUUGUCAUUGUCAUCGUCUUCGUCGUCGGUAUUAACGUCUAGAUAUUUGUCACAUUCGUCGGCGUCGCCAUCACGUUGAUCGUUAACUAUACUUUCACCACAAUAGAAGACCUGCCAUCACCACAAUCACCACAGCUAGCUUAAUCACCACAAACACCAUUUCUCCACUACCACCGUCACCACCAC